GUAUUCGUCGAUGCAUUGUUGUUUACACAUAGGUAAUCUAGAACCAUACAAGGAUAUAUACAUAUAUUCCCUUGCUUGCAUCGGUAAGUAAGUUUAAGAUCUUUUUUCAAAAAGGUCACAUGGUUGUUGCACUCGGACGUUCUAUUCAAAAUCCUUUUUACAUUUUUUUCCAAAUUGUCAAUGCUGUCAGCGUAUUUUUUGUGAUAUUGGGUGGCACGCGUUUUCUGAUUUGUCUCCUUAUGUCAAAUGAAAAAUUAUAUCAAAAUAUUUCAGUGGAGAAGAAUGGGGACAUGGACAAGCGUGUUAGUCCUAACACAUCGCGUGCAAAGGACAUGUGCCCGGAAGCAGUAGGCACAAAGCCUACUUGUGCUCAGUCAUUUGGGUCUCCUAAAGCAUGGACGUCCUGUUUACAUGUUUCUCCGAGUUCACUUUUUAAGGAUCCCUUAGUCUCUGGAAGGGACCGAAACUGGCUCUCUGAAUCUCCUGGAGUCGGAAUUAGUUUUUACGAGUUUCUUUUGAUGCACGUGUUGACAAGCGUGCUCAUGGCCUACCCACUUUCCUUAUUGCUGCAGCGCCGAAAACUUGUUUUCGAUUUCAUGCUUACCAUUUAUGGGGUUUAUCUUCUGCUAACUGACAUCGUACUGCACCGUGUGAUGGGUGGUGGUCUUAAUUGGUGGUUCGCUGUGUUGUGCGGAAUAACAGUUUUGUACAGUUGCACGUGGUGGAUCUGUCGCCAUCGCGAAUUACAAGAAAUUCCCAUUACUCUAAUGCAUAUAGAGAUGACGACGAUGUCUCCAUCAGAUAGAGCAUCACCUCAAAAGUGUUUCAGGGGAGGAGGUGGUUCGAAUCAUGGCAAAGACAAGUGCAAUAACGUACCGCAGGCAACGGAUCUUUUUAUCGCCCAUGACGAGGGUAACUCUGUGGGAGUACCGGUUACAAUACCUAUUAUGGAUAGUAGGUGUAAAGACGAAUAA